CGUUUUAUGAUCAAUGGACACCAGUCAUGUAAGACCAACUAUACAUUUAAGUGCAACCAUGUAUCGGUAUCGGGCAAGUGUUACGUAGCCUAUUAUCUAUAUCCAAAUAAUUCAGGUCGACCAGACAGGCUUGUGUUUCUAAGCUCCAUGAUGAAGUACCAAAAGAAUGAAUUAAUAUUUAUAUUGAUUACAGGGAUUAUUGCAACUUGUCUUGUAAAUUUGUCUAAGGGAAACUGUAGACCGAAAACUCAACUAGUGGCUUUUGAUCUGGCAAAUCAGGUACCGAAAUCACCUGUCGGCCUACAACAGUGUGAACGGGAAUGUUUCUCGGACAAAAACUGCCAGCUAAUGGUGUACAAUGUUAAUAACUUAGCAUGCUAUAAAGUGACAAACAUUGGUGUUAAUUCAAUCACAGAAGGUUCAGAUUUUGUUGUAAAACUCCGCAGUGAUAUAGCAUCAAAUCUGGAUACGUCCUAUUUGUGUAGGAACCACCAGUGUAAAAACGGAUUAUCUUGUGUUGCUUUAUCCAGUGGUGUUUUAGUCUGUAUGGCCGGAUUAUGUGGACAACCUGCGUCUAUCACGAACGCAGCUGUGAAUGCUAAUACCUACUCCAUAUCUGCGAUAGCAACAUAUUCGUGUAAUAACGGAUAUUAUUCCAUUGGUUCGAGUGGCAUCACAUGCAAUUCUUCUCUAGAAUGGAGUGAGGCAAAUUUGGUUUGUUGCAAAGACGGAUUCACCUAUGACCAGGGCACAAAAAUGAUGUAUCAAGUAUUUUCGCAAAAUAAGAUAUACGAUGAAGCGUUACUUCAUUGUUCUGGCUUAGGGUCGGGACUUGUAAAAGUUGAUAACACAGAAAGGAUGAACGUUUUGUCUACCUACCUAUCUACUGGGGAAUUUUACAUAGAUGCCACCGAUCUUGUCACGGAGGGUACCUGGAUCUUCUCUGACGGAAGUCACGUGGAUAUGACGUUAUUUGGUCCUGGCGAGCCAAAGGGAGGAAGAGCAUCAAAUUGUGCAAUGUUCAGGUCCGGUCCUAAAAAUCUUGACGACGUAUGGUGUAACACGACCGGAUAUUUCAUUUGUGAAGUAAGGUGAUGUUUUCCUCGGUACCAUCUACUCAUUGGUUUUAGAUAAUAUUCAAACAAUAAUUUCCCCACGGAGAAAUCAAAAACUGACAAAAAAAACCGCGCGAUAUGUUUCCACCAGAAUUCUCAUUUAUUAGUGUAUAACUGUCAAUAAUAAUGGAUGUGUUUACUUGCGUUACUUUUAUUUGAUAUGUAAAUGAGAAAAGAUUAAGUUUAAACUCUAGGGAGUUUUCUGUGACAUAUAUCUGUGAAUAUUUGCUAUAAACUGUAUUGCAAUAAAUAGUUUUAAAAUUGCCCAACGGAUUUAGUAUAGUCUGUCUAAACAGGGUAGGAUGGGACCAUAAAAAUGACAGUUGGAAAAGAGUUCUGUGCUACAUCCUACAUAGUCUAUAAUGUUUUGGACAAAAAUCCAGUAUAGACAGUGUACUUGUGUAACGAUUAUUUUGUAUAACAUAAACUGGUUUAUUUCGAGUAGUAUUUUGAUUGAGAGAUAUUUUAGAAGUUCAUUUCGUUGUCAUAAAACCUUUAACUCAACCAUGUUCAUAUUAAGCUUCUACAUUUUUCUGUACGGGUAUACGUAUAAUUGCAAUCCACGUCUAUCCUGUAUUAUCAGCUUGUCAUUCACACGAUGUCCGUAUUUUAUGGGAAUAUUUCUGAUGGACACGUUUUACUAGGCUGUCUCAGAACUUAUCUGGUGUCAGCGUCUCAAGCGUAAUAUAUUAAAACAUAUUGGUCAUGAACCUCAUUGCAGAAAAUGUUCCUCAUAAUUUUAUCCUGUAUUUUAAUUAUUAUAUAGUAUUGUACGCUGAUAUGUAUAUAUAGGGGUGAUGUCUUCAUUCCUGAACUGUGUGUUUCGGGUACGUAGGAAUUGACAGUGAUAAUUGUUUCAUGUCGGUACAAAAUAUGCACAUUCUGUUUGCUUGACCCAUUGACGAAAAUGACAUUCAUUUUUGUGUAACACAGGUGACCUCAUCACUGCGUAUUGAUACACUAUAACGCGAUUCAUGGAAUAUUUCCAAUGUUGUUAUGACCACAUGAAUGGUGAAAAGAAAAGUAAGUUUUAUUCCUCAAAUGAAACCGUACGACAUCUAAAUUUGCAGAAAAAGAAUCUUAGACUAUCGCAAUGCGACAUCGACUAUAAAGUAUCACCUAAAACUCACAUUAUUACGUUUGUUUUCAACUAAUUAUAGGACAGAUGUUAAUUACAAAUAUGUGAAAUAUUGCUUACAUGUACAAAAGUUUUAUUAAAUGUUUGUGGAAAUAUAACUAUAGUGACACAAUUUUUGUAUGUUAACAAGCAUGUGAAAUAUUACUAUAGUGUCACAAUUUUUAAUGUUAACAAGCAUGUGAAAUAUUGCUAUGAUGACACAAUUGCUUUUUUACAAACAUUGCUGCCCGGCAGUUUGUUCUCCCCGGUUCCGGUCAACGUCUGAUUAGAUAACAACGGCUUCGUUUGCAAUUAAACUAACAUAUACGAUUUUUCAAUGAAAUAUUCUAGACUAUAUGUGCAAACAGAUCAACUAAAUUAAAUGAUUAUAGAUAUAUGUGUCUUCGUGUUUUAUUCGGAGAAUGCUUCUUUAUUCAUUAGUGAUCUCUGUUGAGGUUUUAAAUCAACUAGACCGAUGUAAGCAGGUAAGAAGGUAUCACAGUACACGAUACAUUCGAGACGUACGCGUGGUUUGGUCAACACAUACCCCGUGUACAAAGAUUACAUCGUGGCGUGCCGGCGGUCUUGU